GUAGUGAGGUCAUCCUCUUUUAUUUUUUGGGACUUGGGAUACAGGCACAGGUGUGCUUUCAUACAUUUUAUAGGGAAGGCCGUAGCAGUCCCCAGGAAUCAGCUGACGUCACCAUGCGGGGCAAGGACGAUGAAUAUGAUUACCUGUUCAAAAUUGUCCUUAUCGGGGACUCUGGAGUAGGGAAGAGCAACCUGCUCUCACGGUUCACCCGGAACGAGUUCAACCUGGAGAGUAAAAGCACCAUCGGGGUUGAGUUUGCCACACGCAGCAUCCAGGUGGAUAACAAGACCGUGAAAGCCCAGAUCUGGGACACAGCCGGACAAGAACGCUACCGUGCCAUUACUUCUGCUUACUACCGAGGGGCAGUUGGGGCACUUCUUGUUUACGACAUUGCCAAGUACCUCACCUAUGAGAAUGCAGAGCGUUGGCUGAAAGAACUGCAAGACCACGCGGAUACCAAUAUCGUCAUUAUGUUGGUGGGGAACAAGAGUGAUCUGAGACAUCUACGGGCCGUGCCCACCGACGAGGCCAAAAGCUUUGCAGAAAAGAAUGGCUUGUCCUUCAUAGAAACAUCGGCUCUAGAUUCCACCAAUGUGGAGACUGCCUUUCAUAACAUCCUCACAGAAAUCUACCGGAUUGUAUCCCAAAGGCAAAUCGCCAGUGGGCAGCCAGAGACCGAAUUCAGCCCCAGCAGCACCAUUGAACCCAUUAAAGUCCUGCCUACUCACCAGGAUGUGAGACAAGCACCUUGCUGCCAGAAUAUAUAAUCUGCCAGGGUGGUGAGAGGAAGAGCACAUUGGGACAGCGCUGAGCCUUCCUCCUCCUCCUGGAAUCCAUCCCCACUGUGUUACUCUACUUCAUAUAUGUCCUACAGAAACGCACAUUGGAUCGUGUCCUUCCUCCGUGUUUAACCAUUUAGCCUUAGGAUGUAGGGCAUAGUGAUUUGCCUUCUGAGGUAGCAGUUAUUUGAAGCUACUCUUUAUACCCCUGCAAAUAUCCAGAGGUUGGCAACUAGAGGCCCUUAGGCUUAAUCCUAGCCAAGGAGGAUGCCAGUUGGCCCAGCAGAAAAUCCCUCUCCCUAUACCCUUCUUUCCUUAUGGGGCUGUUGGUGUCAUGGCCUCAGUCAUGAUGACCAGUCCUACUGGCCUAAGGCCUGUUCCAGGAAGUCUGACACAAUGGAAGAUGAUAGUGGUUGCUAUGCAACCAUAAAAAUGGCACCUUGUGUUUCCUGAUGCAAUCUAGAAGCUGUAAGGGGAAAGCAAGUGGUUUUCUGGAGCAGAUACCCCCACCUCCCUGCAGAGGUCAGGCACCUUUUUCAUGCUGUAGCCUAUACACUAUCUGCUUUAUGUAGGGCCUCCUCUAGCCGUGUUGUGUGCAGACAAAUAAGUGGCUGUAGUCCCCCCCCACACACACACACUUUCAAAAAACACGUCCAGGAUAAAAGUUUUUGGUGUUUCUUCCACAUAUCCCAAAUACAGAACAAUUUAGUUAACUGAUGCUCAUCUGCCUUCCACGUUGGUCUAUAAUUCUAAACCCAAACCACUCUGAAACUAAAUUCACAUUUUCUCAUGACUAUCCCUGAAGAACCCUAGAAAUGGUAGUUUUUGUAAGGGACGCUUAAGUUCAGCUAGCCUUUUUAUAGAAACUACAACUCCCAGAGUUCCUUUGAGGGAAGCCAGGGUAAAUUGGACCUGUAUAUACAUAUAUAUUUUUAAAAACCCUCUUAACUUUGUAACUUAGUUGUGACCUGUAGUAGCUUGACUCUAUUUCUACAUAGUAGCCAGUCCAUUGGGUAUGCUGUAAAGAGGCCAAUGUGAGGCGUGUCCAAGGCUUGUCUCCCUAGCAGGCCACAAAUCUUGGCUGCCACGAAUCUCGGCUGCCCCUACACUCGGGAGUCAAAAUGCCUUGAAGUGACAAGGCCAGUUGAAAUUGUCCAGCUUGUUUCAAAGCAUUUAAUCUUCUGGGUGUGCCUGCUUUCUAAAAACUCAACUUGCUAAUCAGGUCUGGCUGGGUGCACACAUUUUAGUGGCUCACAGGUGACUUAGUAGCCAGUUCUCCCCUUUCAUAAUUCAGCCAAACCUCUACAGCACACUCUUCCUUACUUCAUAUUGGUGGAUUCAAUGUGGAUUCAAAUGGCUUUUAUUAAGUUCUGGCAAAUAAGUUUGUCUCCCCCAUGCCCUCCACUCCUUUGUUGAAGAUAAAUUUGGAGAUUCUCACUAUGUCAUAUACAAGUUGGCACACGAUAAAGACACAGGCCUUUUUCUGGAAAGGAGAAGCCAGAAGCCACAAAAAGAAAACCCCCUUUAAGCACCUUACCCUCCCUGCUGUUUGGUUUAUGGCUUUGCUUCACCGACAUCCUUGGGCAAUCCUUGGAGGGUAGAGAAAGAAUGAAUAGGCCUCAGCAUUCUCCAGUGGGCUUUGUCGCCUUGCUAGAGUCACCAGCCGGUAAAGAAGGGCAGUUGUUGAGGGACAAAGAAUAAAGCAUCAUGUUUAAUGGCGUUGUCACACUUUUGUUCCAACAGCAGCCUUCCUGUAAAUAAUAAUUUUAAUGUCUAGAAUGGCCUUCCCUCAUUGUUAUAAUGGAAUUGUGCAUGUUGUGUGUUUGGCAGACAUUAAAGUGUUUAAAUUAA